AUGUAUGGUUCUGAAACGUCAAAAAGAUCCGACUCUGAUUACAUUGCGUCGGAUACUCGUGUCAGGAUCAACCUCAACGAUGAUGAUAUCGUUGAGAUUUCACCACCUUCUCGUCCAAUAGGAAGGGACAAAGCCAGACGCAAGGGCAAAGGACGAUCAACCAUUUGGGGUUUCGAUUAUUACACUUUUCUUCAUUGCUUCUAUACAGAUUGA